UUUCCACCAGGGGACGGCCUAGAACUACGACUCCCAGCAAGCCCUGCGGCGGCCCUCAGCGCCAUACCGCUGCCGGAAGUGCGGUUUGUGCUUCCGGCGGCGACACCGGGCUGGGGGUGUGCGCCCUUCUCGGCGUCGGGGCUGCCCGGCGCGCGGAGGCGCGGCGCGGGACAAGUCCUCUGGUGUGUCCCUGCCCACCAUGGCCAAGCCAGCAAGCAAAGAUUCAGGCUUGAAGGAGAAGUUCAAGAUUCUGUUGGGACUGGGAACAUCAAGGCCAAAUCCCAGGUCUGCAGAGGGCAAACAGACAGAGUUUGUCGUCACAGCAGAAAUCCUGAGAGAACUGAGUGUUGAAUGUGGUCUCAACAAUCGGAUCCGGGUGAUCGGGCAGAUUUGUGAAGUCGCAAAAACUAAGAAAUUUGAAGAGCAUGCAGUGGAAGCACUCUGGAAGGCAGUCGCAGACUUGCUGCAGCCGGAACGGCCACCAGAGGCCCGGCAUGCAGUGCUGGCUCUUCUGAAGGCCAUCGUGCAGGGGCAGGGUGACCGUUUGGGGGUCCUUCGAGCCCUCUUUUUUAAGGUCAUCAAGGAUUACCCUUCCAAUGAAGACCUCCAUGAAAGGCUGGAAGUUUUUAAGGCCCUCACGGACAAUGGGAAACACAUCACCUACUUGGAGGAAGAACUGGCUGAGUUUGUCCUGCAGUGGAUGGAUGUCGGCUUGUCCUCGGAAUUCCUUCUGGUGUUGGUGAACUUGGUCAAAUUCAACAGUUGUUACCUUGAUGAAUACAUCGCAUCAAUGGUUCACAUGAUCUGUCUGCUGUGCAUCCGAACUGUGUCCUCUGUGGACAUAGAGGUCUCUCUGCAGGUGCUGGAUGCUGUGGUGUGCUACAACUGCCUGCCGGCUGAGAGCCUGCCUCUGUUCAUCAUCACCCUGUGCCGCACCAUCAAUGUCAAAGAGCUCUGUGAGCCUUGCUGGAAGCUGAUGCGUAACCUGCUGGGCACCCACCUGGGCCACAGUGCCAUCUGCAACAUGUGCCGUGUCAUGGAGGAUAGAACGUACAUGGAAGAUGCGCCGUUGCUGAGAGGUGCUGUGUUCUUUGUGGGUAUGGCUCUGUGGGGAGCCCACCGACUGUACUCUCUGAAGAACUCACCAACUUCUGUGCUGCCAUCAUUUUAUCAGGCCAUGACCUCUCCAAAUGAGGUAGUGUCCUAUGAAAUUGUCCUAUCUAUAACCAGACUCAUUAAGAAGUACAGGAAGGAGCUCCAGGCCGUGACGUGGGACAUUCUGUUGAACAUCAUGGAACGGCUGCUCCAGCAGCUUCAGUGCCUGGACAGCCCAGAACUCAAGACGAUUGUCCACGACCUGCUGACCACAGUGGAGGAGCUAUGUGAUCAGAAUGAGUUCCACGGCUCUCAGGAGAGAUACUUCGAGCUGGUGGAGAGAUAUGCAGAUCAGAGACCUGAGUCCUCCCUUUUAAACUUAAUAUCCUACAGAGCUCAGUCAAUUCAUCCGGCAAAGGAUGGCUGGAUUCAGAACCUGCAGGUGUUGAUGGAGAGAUUCUUCAGGAGUGAGUCUCGUGGUGCUGUGCGCAUCAAGGCACUGGAUGUGCUGUCCUUUGUGCUGCUCAUCAAUAGGCAGUUCUAUGAGGAGGAGCUGAUUAACUCAGUGGUCAUCUCGCAGCUGUCCCAUAUCCCCGAGGAUAAAGACCACCAGGUCCGAAAGCUGGCCACCCAGCUGUUGGUAGACCUAGCAGAAGGCUGCCACACCCACCACUUCAACAGUCUGCUGGACAUCAUCGAGAAAGUGAUGGCCCACUCUCUCUCACCACCCCCUGAGCUAGAAGAAAGGGAUGUGGCUGCACACUCAGCUUCCUUGGAGGAUGUGAAGACUGCCGUCCUGGGGCUCCUGGUCAUCCUUCAGACCAAGCUGUAUACCCUGCCUGCCAGUCAUGCCAUGCGUGUGUAUGAGACUCUCGUCAGCCACCUCCAGCUCCACUACAAGCACAGCUACACUCUGCCCAUUGCUAGCAGCAUCCGACUUCAGGCCUUUGACUUCUUGCUGCAGCUGCGGGCUGACUCUCUGCACCGCCUUGGCCUGCCCAGCAAAGAUGGGGGCGUGAGAUUCAGUCCCUACUGCCUCUGUGACUGCAUGGAGCCUGAGAGAGGCCCUGAGAAGAAGGCCAGUGGUCCCCUUUCGCCUCCCACAGGGCCACCUGGCCCAGGGUCUACAGGCCCUGCUGUGCGGCUGGGCUACCUGCCCUACUCUCUGCUCUUCCGAGUCCUGUUGCAGUGUUUGAAACAGGAGACUGACUGGAAGGUGCUGAAGUUGGUCCUCAGCAAGCUGCCUGAGUCGCUGCGCUACAAGGUCCUCAUCUUCACCUCUCCCUGCAGCGUGGACCAACUGUCUUCUGCCCUUUGCUCCAUGCUUUCAGGCCCAAAGACCCUUGAACGGCUACGAGGCACCCCAGAAGGGUUCUCUAGAACUGACCUGCAUUUGGCUGUGGUUCCAGUGCUGACUGCGUUAAUCUCUUACCAUAACUACUUGGACAAAACCAAACAGCGUGAGAUGGUUUAUUGCCUGGAGCAAGGCCUCAUCUACCGCUGUGCUGGCCAGUGUGUGGUGGCCUUGUCUAUCUGCAGUGUGGAGAUGCCUGACAUCAUCAUCAAAGCACUGCCUGUCCUGGUUGUGAAGCUCACUCACAUCUCGGCCACAGCCAGCAUGGCCAUCCCACUGCUGGAGUUCCUAUCCACACUGGCUAGGCUGCCGCACCUGUACAGGAACUUUGCUGCGGAGCAGUAUGCAAGUGUGUUUGCCAUCUCCCUGCCAUACACCAACCCCUCCAAGUUCAAUCAGUACAUCGUGUGCCUGGCCCACCACGUCAUAGCCAUGUGGUUCAUUAGGUGCCGCCUGCCCUUCCGGAAAGAUUUUGUCAAUUUCAUCACUAAGGGCUUGCGCUCCAAUGUCCUCCUGUCUUUUGAUGACACUCCUGAGAAGGACAGCUUCAGAGCACGGAGCACCAGUCUCAAUGAAAGGCCCAAAAGUUUGAGGAUAGCCAGACCCCCCAAACAAGGCUUGAAUAACUCUCCACCUGUGAAAGAAUCCAAGGAGAGCUGUGCAGCCGAGGCCUUCCGGUGCCGCAGCAUCAGUGUGUCUGACCAUGUGGUGCACAGCAGGAUACAGACAUCCCUCACUAGCGCUAGUCUGGGGUCUGCAGAUGAGAACUCCAUGGCCCAGGCUGAUGACAACUUGAAAAAUCUCCAUCUGGAGCUCACAGAAACGUGUCUGGACAUGAUGGCCCGAUAUGUGUUCUCCAACUUCACAGCAGUUCCCAAGAGGUCUCCCGUGGGAGAGUUCCUUCUGGCAGGCGGCAGGACCAAAACCUGGCUGGUUGGGAAUAAACUUGUCACUGUGACGACAAGUGUGGGAACUGGGACCCGGUCGUUACUAGGCCUGGACUCAGGGGAGCUGCAGGGCAGCCCAGAGUCAAGCUCUGAUCGCAGUGUGCAUGUGAGACAGACAAAGGAGGCGCCAGCCAAGCUGGAGUCCCAGGCUGGGCAGCAGGUGUCCCGUGGGGCCCGGGACCGAGUCCGUUCCAUGUCAGGGGGCCACGGUCUUCGAGUUGGUGCCCUGGAUGUGCCAUCUGCCCACUUCCCAGGUGGCCCUGCUUCUCCAGGACCACAGACAGCCCCAGCCAUGAAGCCUGAGAAGGCAUCAGCAGCAGCCCAGAUCCCAGUGCAGGAGAAGGCAACCCUGGCGGCGUGUGUGCCCCUGCUGACUCAGGGCUGGGCAGAGAUCCUGGUCCGGAGGCCUACAGGGAACACAAGCUGGCUGAUGAGCCUGGAGAACCCACUCAGCCCCUUCUCCUCGGACAUCAACAACAUGCCCCUGCAGGAGCUGUCCAACGCCCUCAUGGCUGCUGAGCGCUUCAAGGAACACCGGGACACGGCACUGUACAAGUCACUGUCAGUGCCGGCAGCUAGCACAGCCAAGCCUCCCCCUCUCCCUCGCUCUAACACAGCUGAUGUGGCCGCUCGCGUGGUCUCCCUUGCAGUGGCCUCUUUCUCCUCCCUGUACCAGUCCAGUUGCCAAGGGAAGCUGCACAGGAGCAUUUCCUGGGCAGACUCUGCUGUGGUUAUGGAAGAGGGAAGUCCUGGAGAGGCUCACAUGCCAGGGGAACCCUCUGAGUUGGAGGACUUGGAGGCAGCUCUGGGUACAGACAGACACUGCGGGCAUGCUGGCGCAUAUAGCAGGUCGUCUUCAAACUCCAGCCAGGAGGAGAAAUCAUUCCACGCAGAAGAGCUGGCUGUUGGGGGGAUUCCCAUCGAGCGAGCAGUCUCCUCUGGGAGUGGCCGGCCCUCCGUGGACCUCCCCUUCCAGCCUUCCCAGCCCCUGAGCAAGUCCAGCUCCUCACCAGAGCUGCAGACCCUGCAGGAUGUCCUUGGGGAUGCUGGGGACAAGUCUGAUGUCAGCCGGCUGAGCCCUGAGGCCAAGGCCCGGUCACAGUCAGGGACACUGGACAGGGAUGGUGCUACUUGGUCGAUCCCAGGUGAAGAGACCCGAUGCCUGGGUCCAGCCCAGCCCGAGGGUACCCUGCCUUCCAGCGUCCCUCGCUCGCCUAGUGGCCUCCGGCCACGGGGUUACACCAUCUCUGACUCAGCCCCAUCACGCCGGGGCAAGAAGGUAGAGAGGGACACCUUCACCAACAGAGCAGCAGCCUCCAAUGCUGAGAAAGUGCCAGGCAUCAACCCCAGCUUCGUGUUCCUGCAGCUGUACCACUCUCCUUUCUUUGGUGAUGAGUCCAACAAGCCCAUUCUGUUGCCCAGCGAGUCCUUCGAGCGGUCAGUGCAGCUCCUGGACCAGAUCCCGUCCUAUGACACACACAAACUUGCGGUCCUGUAUGUGGGAGAGGGCCAGAGCAACAGUGAGCUCGCCAUCCUGUCCAAUGAGCACGGCUCCUACAGAUACACGGAGUUCCUGACAGGCCUGGGCAAGCUCAUAGAGCUCAAGGACUGCCAGCCAGACAAGGUCUACUUAGGCGGCCUGGAUGUGUGUGGCGAGGAUGGCCAAUUCACCUAUUGCUGGCACGAUGACAUCAUGCAGGCUGUGUUCCACAUCGCCACACUGAUGCCCACCAAGGAUGUGGACAAACAGCGCUGUGACAAGAAGCGCCACCUGGGCAAUGACUUUGUUUCCAUUGUCUACAAUGACUCCGGAGAGGACUUCAAGCUGGGUACCAUCAAAGGCCAGUUCAACUUUGUCCACGUGAUCAUCACCCCACUGGACUACAAGUGUAACCUGGUGUCACUGCAGUGCAGGAAAGAUAUGGAGGGCCUUGUGGACACUAGCGUGGCCAAGAUCGUGUCAGAUCGUAACCUGCCCUUCAUGGCCCGCCAGAUGGCCCUGCAUGCAAAUAUGGCCUCGCAAGUGCAUCACAGCCGCUCCAACCCCACUGACAUCUACCCCUCCAAGUGGAUCGCCCGGCUACGCCACAUCAAGCGGCUCCGACAACGGAUCCGCGAGGAAGCCCACUACUCAAAUCCCAGCCUGCCCCUGACGCAUCCCCCAGCCCAUGCCAAAGCCCCAGCACAGGCCCCCGUGGAGACCACACCCACCUAUGAGACAGGCCAGCGGAAGCGCCUCAUCUCCAAUGUGGAGGAUUUCACAGAGUUUGUGUGAAGCUUGGAGCAUGGCUGUUCCCCAAGCUGUGGCUGUCCCCGAUGCUGAAAUAAACCAGUGCCAUGGUGCAUGAACACAGACUCA